CCAGGAUAUCAGCCCAUCAAAAACAAAACCCUACCGAACCUCUUUUUCAUAUAAACAGAAACCCCCUUUUUUUUCCAGCCGUUUCCAGACCUUCAAUCUCAGCUAUCAGACAUGGCUCCGAAGAAGAAGACGGUAGCAACCAAGAAGAAAACGGAGAAGGUAGUGAAUCCGUUGUUUGAGAAGAGGCCGAAGCAGUUUGGAAUAGGUGGAGCAUUGCCGCCUAAGAAGGAUGUGCACAGGUUUGUAAGAUGGCCACAAGUUGUUCGUAUUCAGAGGAAGAGGAGGAUCCUCAAGCAGCGGUUGAAGGUGCCUCCUGCUUUGAACCAGUUCACCAAAACCCUAGACAAAAAUCUCGCAACUACUUUGUUCAAGAUGCUGCUCAAGUACAGGCCAGAGGACAAGGCAGCAAAAAAAGAACGCCUCAAAAAACGAGCUGAGGCUGAGGUUGAUGGAAAAACCGUAGAAGCAAAGAAGCCCAUUGUUGUGAAAUACGGUCUAAAUCAUGUCACUUAUCUCAUUGAGCAGAACAAGGCACAAUUGGUUAUCAUUGCUCAUGAUGUAGACCCGAUCGAGUUGGUUGUUUGGCUACCUGCAUUGUGCAGAAAGAUGGAGAUCCCUUACUGCAUUGUAAAGGGAAAGUCUCGACUGGGAGCUAUCGUUCAUCAGAAAACCGCAUCAGCUCUGUGUUUGACUACAGUCAAGAACGAAGAUAAAAUGGAAUUCAGCAGAAUUCUGGAAGCUAUCAAGGCUAACUUCAACGACAAGUAUGAAGAGUACAGGAAGAAAUGGGGUGGUGGCAUAAUGGGUUCCAAAUCUCAGGCAAAAACAAAGGCAAAGGAGAGGGUUUUGGCCAAAGAAGCUGCUCAGAGGAUGAAUUAGACCAGUUUUUGAUCAUGUGUUGUCUGCAUUUGAAUUCAUGGAAAGAUUUUGUUUUUAGAGUUUUAUUUGCUUGCUAUAAACUUUUGGAAGUUAAAUUACUUGCUUAUCUUAAUAUCAACUUAAUUGAGUUUUUACUAA